AUGGAGCAGUUCCAUCACGGCCAGCACGUGCGGCUGCGCAGCCGCGUGCACGCCACGUACCUACACGCCGACGAGGACGGGCAUGGCGUCUCCCUCCACCACCGCCGGGCGUCGAUGAACGCGGCUUGGGCGGUGCACUUGCACCAGUUCCAGAACGCGCAGUACCUGCUCCUCCACAGCGCCGCCUACGGCCGCUACCUCGCCGCCACGGACGCGCCGGCGCCGCUAGGCCACCGCGGGCUCCGCGUCGAGCAGCGCAACUACAACCAUCCCGAAGUGGAUGCAUUGGUUUGGCAGGCCAUCCUGUCGGAAUCCGGGGAAGAGGUCUACCUCCGCCACAUCGGCGGCCGCCGCCUCCGCGCCAACGGGAGGCACUGGAAGACCGACGCCAGCGUUGACUACGCCGACGACCUCGACAACAUCAGCAGGAAGAUGCUCUGGGUCGUGGAGGACAUCCCCGCCAGGGAGGUCGCGCCUCCCCUUCCACGUCCGACUGGGGUGAGCCCGCCAUGCCCGUUCCUUGAUUUGCGUGAAUUGAGCUCUGUUCUUGCCAAAUUUGCGCUUCUUGGUUUCUUUGAUUUGAUGAUGGUUCUUUGCGACUACGGAUUGCAGCUUCCCCACCUGACGUUGCGGUCGCGGCUGAUCAUGUACGUGUUGCCGACCGUCUACGGGGCCCUCCUCGCCCGCGGCACGUUCGUGUUCAGGGGGAGGUCCGUGUUCCGCCUGAGGAAGGAGCUGGCCAGGCAGCUGGGCGUUUUCGUAAACGUGGAGGUCUCCGACCUCUUCAUGUGCCUCCCCACACAGGAUGGCCGGCUUUUUCCACUCGUCGUCGACCUGCCCCGCAGCGGCCAGACCCUCCACAUCAUCGUCGCCAUCGCCGGGACGCCUGGUGAGAGCCCCUCCAUAUCCUCAACUUCCUACUCUUCUCCUUGUCAGUUGAUUGCUAAUUGA